AUGCCCGGCUGUUUUAAAAAGACCUUAUUUUCCUUGGCUUCUCUAAUAAGUUUUGCGUCUUUUAUCUUGAUUGUCGUUGCAAUGGGGACCCCAAAGUGGAUGACUGGAAAGAUCCUUUGCAAAACAGGAGCUGAGCUGGUCAAUGCCACAGAUCCAGAGCUGGUCAAAUUCAUUGGAGAAAUUUACUAUGGGCUCUUUCGGGGCGGCAAAAUACGCCAGUGUGGGUUGGGCGGGCGGCGUUCCAAAUUCACAGUUUUCCCACACAUGGUGAAAAAGCUGAAUACAGGCCUGCACGUGAUGAUUGUAAUGUUCCUCUGUGUGGCCAUUUUCUUUUCUCUGGUCAGUUUUGGAUUCUGCAUUCUUAACGCAAUAAAAGUUCCUUACCGGGCUAUUAAAGGUCCAGCAGGAGUAUGCCUUUGGAACUUCCUUGCAGGUGGAUUUAUAGCACUUGCAGUCACCAGCUUUAUGGCUGCUGUGAAACUUCAUCACCUCACAGAAAGAAUUGCCAAUUUUCGGGAAAACGUCUUUCAAUUUGUUAUCUUAGAAGAGCAGUUUGAAGACUGUUUCUGGCUUUGUGUGGCAAGUGGCACAGCACAUGCAGUAAAUUUGCUGCUAGUAGCUAUUAGUGGGAUUAAUUUCCCUAAAAUCAAGACUAAAACAGAAGAAGCAAAUGUUACAGCAGAAGAUAUAAUGUACUAA